GUUACUCUAUGGUGAUACCCCGUGUAACGUGAAUCUAAUGCUACGAACCGUGUUACUUGAGACUCAUUUCCGAGACAACCCCGAUAGCAUUGUGCUACAACGUGUUCACUUGGCGUCAGACAAACUGCAGCAAUGGAUGCCUAACGAUGAACCAUUUGAUGAGGACACCGAAUGUCUGCAUCCGUAUACAUGUAUAUGGUGCCUGGAGCCAUCUACCUUGGUUGUUUCACUGUUGCUGGCUGUCUCAACGCCUUCUGGUAUAGUGGGUGACAAUGACCUCAUCAAAUUGGAGCGAUGGGCGGAAAAAGUUAAGUCAAUUUAAAAGCAGUAGGAUAGGUCAAGAUGUGAUGGAUUUACAGCUCGGUCCUUCCUUUGACUUGUUGGGCCCGAUUACGCAUGCCAUUAGUGCUAAAGACUAUGUGGUCCAAUACACCCAAAGUUUGGAAUUUGAACAAAUGAGCGAUGCCAAACUCCGCCAAAUGUAAAACAAAAAAAAAAAAAUCCAGGGCAGUAACAUCGAUCAAAAAGUUCAGUAACAGACAAGAAAAGG